AUGUUCUAACCUUUUACGCCAUUACCCCACACUAACUCAAGGGACAUAAGCAGGGGCUACAGGAAAAGUUGUCAUAGACUAGUUUUACAUGAUUGCCUUGCAGACUAAAACUUGACUUCAAUAAGAGAUUUGGGGUUACAAUUUCUGUUUUUUUUUUCUUUUUUUUUGCUUUUAUGGUUUUCUCAUUCUUUUGUAUCUAUCGCGCUGAGAUAUGUGUGGUUCAUAUAUGUCAAAUUGACGAGAAGGAAAACUUUUAAUUAUUAGUUGAAGGCUGUUAUGAUUAAGUGCUUGAAGCUUAGGAACUUGGUCUGAUUAAGCUUGCUUUAGAUGUAAAUUUUAUUCUUCUGUAUUGAGAUGGCAUGUAUGUUGGGUUAGAUUGAUGUCUGUAGGAGUUUUCUAUGAUCUAUCUUUUGGACAUGGAAGUUCCAUGGGGCCUCACAGUACAGAAGCAAUAUGAAAUUCUGUCUCCUUUCUUCCUGCUGAACUUAAGAAACUUGAUUCUCUGCUGAAUCUAGUCUGUUUGUCAUUGGUGUCAAAGUUUAUGUUCCUAUCUUUAUUAGAUUGAGCCUCUCCUUUGUAUGUUCUUUUUUAGCUUGGAGCUUUCUGCAUCAGAUAGAACGCUUUCCAAACUGACUUGUAGGGCAAGUGCCCGUCUUUUUUUUUUUUUUAAAACAUAGGGAAAUGAAGAGAUCUACUCUGUUGAAAGAUGUCUUUAGCUUAUGAAUUAUUAGCACAUCAGUGAAAUGGAGACUACAUAUAUGAGAUGUCUGAACAACAGUAUUUCUCGAUUCAUUCAUUUAAUGUCAUGUCAGACAUCAAAGGCUAUGCCUACUCAAAAUGAUUUUGAGAGUUUGGCUAUUAUGCUGAAACAUUUGAAACCUGUCCUUGAUGAAAUUAAUGAUGAUGACAAGAUAGCUUCAGAAGGAAAUUUAUGGAAGGAGUGUGAAGAUUUGGAUGCUUACAUCAAUUCUGCAAGAGAAUUUAUGGAACGAUGGUCGCUGAAAAUGAGCAAACUUUUGACUGUUUCACAAAGUGAGCAAUUGCUGAAAAGAAUCAGGAGUUCUUCCCUUGAGAUAUGUGGUAUAUUAUGUAGGUUAUUACGGACAUCAUCGUCUUCAUCUAGUUUUGCUGGUGUGCAAGUAUGUACCGAGAUAAUGCAUUGUGUCCAGGAGCUUCAAAGCUGGCAGCCGGAGCGGAUCUCAGUACACAUUGAACAAGCUCUAAAAAUAAAAAACGACAGCCUGAUUUCUUGCAGUGAACACUUGGCAGAAAUCGCGGAGUCUCUGAGCCUAGCAUCAAAUCAGGAAUUACUUAAAGAGAGUAUUGCUGUUGAAAAGGAAAGGGUGAAAGUUCAUGCGAACAAGUGCACAGAAAAAGUGGAUCAGAUUAACCAAAUUGUGGAUCUCCUGGCUCUUAUUCGUGAUUAUAUGCUAACAAACGGAUGCUUUGGAACAAUGAAUGGCAUUCCUAUCCCUUCAUACUUCCGCUGCCCUUUGUCAUUAGAUUUUAUGUUAGAUCCAGUCAUUGUAGCUUCUGGACAAACAUUUGAGAGGUCGUCCAUCCAAAUAUGGCUUGAUCAUGGGCUAAACACUUGCCCCAAAACCCGCCAAUAUCUUUCGCACACGAAUAUCAUACCAAAUUACACUGUCAAGGCACUGAUAGCAACUUGGUUUCAGGAAAAUAAUCUGAAGCCUCCAAUUAGCUCUGACAGCACUAAUGCCGAUGACAGCACCAGUGCUCAAGAUGUAAUCCGUACUGAUAGUUUCCGUUGCUCAGUUCAUAGCAGUGACUCUAUGUCUAGGUCCUCCUUAGAGAUUGGAGAUGCAGUUGGAAGGCUAAAUAUCGAUGAUCCUUCUGUAUCUGAUGAGGUGAGCUCCAGCAUGUGCCAAGGUUUGGAAGCCAAGAAGUUCAACAACAGUUCCCCUGAACACUCAUAUGCUCAUAGUAGGACCCACUCUGCAACAAGUGCUGUUUCCAGCUGUGAUUACAUGCCUUCAUCAACAACUGAAAUAUCAAGGAUAUCUGACAGGCAUGAAAAUGUAGGCGAGAUCAUGUCAGAACGUUCUACAUGUAAUUCUUUAUCAGGGAGAGGAUCUCAAAGUGCAAAAACGAGUUCUGAGAAUGGGAGCAAUAACUAUUCCAGAGUUAACUCACUUUCAUUCUCUGACUCAGGACAUGAUGAAACAACUACACCAUCCCAUGUUGAUGAAUUGGUCGAAAAACUAAAAAGUCCAUCCAAUGCACUGCAAACUGCAGCUGCAGCCGAGCUACGACUUCUUGCUAAGCACAACAUGAAUAAUCGCAUCAUUGCUGGGAAGUGUGGGGCCAUUGGCCCUUUAAUCUCACUUUUACAAUCUGAUGUAAAGAUAACCCAAGAGCAUGCUGUGACUGCCCUUCUAAACCUUUCACUUAAUGAAGAAAUCAAAGCAAGGAUUGCAGAAGCAGGAGUAAUUAAACCAUUGAUACAUGUUCUUAAGACAGGAACUGAUACAGCUAAAGAAAACUCAGCUGCAGCUCUUUUUAGUCUCUCUCUUCUUGAAGAUUAUAAGUCAAAGAUUGGGCGCUCAGGAGCAAGCAAAGUGCUGGUCGAUCUUCUUGCUAGGGGGACCGUCAGAGGGAAAAAGGAUGCUGCAACUGCCCUGUUUAAUCUCUCCAUCUGUCAUGAAAAUAAAGCUCGAAUAGUUCAAGCUGGAGCAGUGAAGCAUCUUAUUGAGCUUUUAGACCCUCCCACAGGAAUGGUUGACAAAUCUGUAGCCCUUCUCGCAAAUCUAUCCACAAUCUCAGAAGGGCGUAUGGCAAUUGCUAAGGAAGGUGGUAUACCAUUGAUUGUUGAGAUUGUUGAGUCAGGAUCACAAAGAGGAAAGGAAAAUGCUGCUUCUGUGCUGUUGCAAUUGUGUCUCAAUAGUCCCAAGUUUUGCAACUUGGUACUCCAAGAAGGUGCUGUUCCUCCACUUGUUGCUCUAUCUCAGUCGGGAACCCCUAGAGCUAAGGAGAAAGCUCAGCAGCUUCUAAGUCAUUUCCGUACUCAACGUGAAGGGGCUGCAGGCAAGAAGAAAAAGUGAGACAACAUUUGCUACUGCUUUAUUCUUUGUUUUGUAUUUUCAGAGCUAGGCCAUUUGCGUUAGAAAAUCCAUGUCCAUCAUGUAGAUCAGGUAUUCUUUUCAUCGUAAAUCUUUUCAAUCAAGUAUGCCAUCAUUAAAUUUUUGGUUUGUAUAGUACAUAUUAGUUUCUAGUCAGGUAGGGGUUUGUCAGUAAUUAUUUCACCAAAAUUUCAUUAGCUGUCGUGAUGAGCUUGUUCUUGAUUAAGGAUUACUGUGUAUAUAUGUGUAAUAUAGAAUCUUGAUGUUUGCUAUGCAUUGUUCUGUUUGCUUUACAUAUUCAUGUAAAGAUUGCAAUGUUUAAGCAUUCAACGGCUUUUUAGGCA